GUAUAAAAUCAUUUUUAUUUUUAACUGAUAGAAUGUGUAGUUUCACUCUAAUAAAAACAUGUAUUGUUAUUGUACCCUUUUUGUCAAUGCUUUGGAAAGGACCCUAGUUAGCGGGAAUGCAAUAGUGAUUCAUAUAAAGCCCUAAAAGCGAGCAAAUGAAUACACACCGCUCCUUCUUUUUCGUUUUUUUCCUGCAUCGUUCUAUACGAUAACAAAUUUAUAUAAAGUCAAUGUCGUCCAUAGCGGCAAAGUCUAUCAUCACACAACAUGCCACAAGGACCAAAAAGUAUUUUACAGAAUUGCCUUCUCUAAAAGUACUUUCGCGACCUCCGCAAAAUGAUCAAUCCGAAGUGACAGUCUAUGUGAAGGGCUUUCUAGCAGAAGGUGAUUCACCAGACAACUUUAACGACUGGAUGCAUUCCCAUCGCUUGCUCGUACUCAGUUCAUCCCAUCGGUGGUCACCAGAUUGUUUUCGACAAAGCUAUUCAUGGCCCUCAGGUACUUCCAACCAUUACAUUCCUAUCCCAAUUGCCUCUUUAACUUCCACGGCAUUUUUCUUGGCCAAAAAUUCCAAACGACUCAAAACACUCAGGUUUUUUCCAACCCCGGCUUCCAUAGCAGGUGCGCUUGCCAUUGAUGCAGGACUUCAUGCUGCGCGAUUGGCAUAUCAAUUUAAUACCGCUACUCAGGAAAGUCAGGAUCGUGCAGAAAUGUUGGCUUGGCGAUUAUUACAAUUAAGAAAGAAAUAUGAUUAUUUGAGAAUUGUUGGGCAUUCUUUAGGUUGUCGACAUAUCGUAGAAGCUUGUUCCUUGAUGCAACCAGAUGAAAGACCAGACUCAGUUCAUUUGUGUGCUCCUGCUUUGGUUUUAUCGGAUAUAGCAGAUCAAAUACGAAAACCAAAUGCCUCCAAUAGUAAUGAUCGUAGUGGUAGUCAUGGCAACAGUAUCAGUAGGGAAGAUAGUGACGGUAGUAAUGGAGGUGGCGGCUUGGGUAGAAAGCAAACCUUGAUCUAUUAUUCACACAAAGAUAUUACCCUGGGCAUUCUGCUACGGAUUUUAUUGAAAGGGGAACAGGUCGUUGGUGAAAUCGGACUUCAUGACCAGCAGCAGCAGUUCUCUCUUCUGCCGGAAGAAGUAGGAUCAUUCAAGGACAAAAAAGAUUGGCUUGAUCCGACCGUCAAAGCCAUCGAUGUCAGUUCAUCUUUGGGCGGAUUCUAUAUAGGUGCACACACGGAUUAUGCUAAUAAAUUUCACUAUUUUGCACAGCCUUUUUGAAAAAAGAAAGAAUCAAGGCUAGAUUCUCCGUUAGCUCCAAUGGAUUGACAAGGGGUAGGCUAUGUUUCAGUCAAAAGAGAACCGCGCGAGAGACAGACAACAGAUCUUCAAAAUGCGUAUGCUUUUUUUCAUUGAUUUUUUAUUUCAUUUUUUCGGGACAGAAAUGUU